ACUUGACAUACAAGUGCUGCCAGUUUUUCAACAAUGCUUUUAAUAGACUGUAUGAGCACUGGUUUUGUAUGGUUUGAGGACAGGUAUUGCACUACUAAUUAAUAGUCCAUUUGUUUGACGACAUCACAAGCAAAGUGUGUUUUCAAUGACAACCACAACAAUACCAUUGAUAUGAUAUGUCUUUAUAGUGAUAAUCAUUGAUUUAUUUGAUCCAAUAUUGCCAUUAAUAUAAUAUCAUAAAUGAUGUGUUGGUCGUUGAAGACCACCAUUUCAUCGACAGUUUGUCAUAAUAUUGUUGUUUUGGUUACUUUAAUGAUUGCAUUGAAUGUAUUAGUAGUAGAGACUGGAGAGACAUGUCGUCGCAAAGAUAUCAAUGGUAACGAUGAGGUGUUUGAAUGUCCGCGACUUUUCGAGUCGAGUAAAAAGAGAUUUUGCUGUGGAUUUACACCACAAGACAAGUAUUGCUGUGAAUGGAGUAAAAAAAGUAAAGAAUUGGUGACCAAUCCGUCCGAUUUGAAGUACUUGUUUGAAGGGGCCGUCGCUCUCAUUAUAAUAGCAUUACUCGUCAUCGGCGGUCUUAUUGUCUGUUGUUGUCUCUGUGCCUGUUGUCUGAUGUCAAGAAAGAAACAACAAAGAGGUCGAGUCUUAGGCCAUAACUCGGCUGAUGGUGGCACUAGUUUAACAACAGUUCCCAACUCAUAUCCUGUCCAAAAUGCAUAUCCUAUGCAAAAUGUGACGGCUCCCUAUCCAUCUGAUCAACCGCCCCCAUACAACUACAGUCAAACACAACCAGCCUUUAAUCCUAAUUAUCCUCCCUAUCCAGUGGUCAAGUAAUGAGAUAAUAUACACCUCAUGUUUGUGCUGUACGAGCUUAUGAGUCAAUAUAUAAGAUACUGAUUUCAUUAUCACUUUUCUUGAAGUGCUAUUAUUUUUGUUUGUUUCACAUUUUGAUUCUCAAUUUUAGAUCUGACUGAAAGUAUUAUUAAUUUUAUGAGAUAAUAAUAAUUGUGUUAUCGUUUGAUUUGACUCUAAUUAUAUAAUAGUAAUAUUGUUUUAUUAUUUUUUAACAUUUAUU